AACCAUGUAACAAAAAAAAUAAAAAAAUCACAGCUGCCGAGUCCAAUAGAGCAUAAUAGUUAUCGAAAUCAUCGAAGAACACACCUUAGUAAUCGACGGAGGAUUUGCUAACCCCGUUCUACUUUCAUUAAUCAACGCACCAUUUGCUAAUCCAUUUCUACUUUGGUAAUCCACGGACUCUAAGAUGACUGCAUUUUCAAGUUCUUGCCUUCCAUUUUCAGCUUCUCAACCUCACUUCUUAUCAUCAGGUUUUACUUUGAAGCCAUCUAGUACAGGUCUUUUACCCGUUAGUCACUGUAAUCUAUCCCGUAAUUCGGAGGUAACUGCAUAUAGGCGACCACUUGCUAUUCAAGCCAGUGGCGAUCGAGGCAUAUCAAGUAGUGCAGGUAUCUUCGUUGGUGGCUUUGUAUUGGGAGGAAUAGUUGCUGGAACAUUAGGCUGCAUAUAUGCUCCACAGAUCAGCGAAGCACUAUCUGGAGCUGACAGAAAAGAUUUGAUGAGGAAGCUGCCAAAGUUUAUUUAUGAUGAGGAAAAAGCAUUAGAGAAGACAAGGAAAAUUCUGGCUGAGAAGAUUGCACAAUUGAAUAAUUCAAUAGACGAGGUUUCUGCUCAACUGCAUCCCAAUGAUGCUCCAAAUGGAACUGCAGUGAGUUCAGAUGAGAUCGAAGCUUCUGCGUAAAAAAUAUGUCAAAAUCUCUGAUACAAGAUAUGUAUGUGCCUAGCUCUAAACUUACAAUACCUCAAAAUGAUAAUUUUGCUUCCACUCGUUUAGUUUCUGAUGUUUGUUGUUCUUUGAGGACUAAUGAUAAGCAAGUCUUGAUGUUUUAUUUA